GAAGUUGUACUUGAGAUUAUGACGGCACACGAGCUUCCCGUAAUCUUGCUCAAGGCUUUUCAAUCGUUCAUCGAAAUUCCUCAACAUACAAAAAACAAUGAAUCCAAUGAACAUUUGCUGUCAUCUGAUUCAUUGACAUUCGCACCUUCUGGUGUUGUCUCGGAUAUAGUAACUGACAUCCUUAUUCAAUUUGUGAUAAAUUCUAUUACAUUGAACCAAAUGCUAGAACAAGACACACUGUAUUUAUUAGUUACAAUGGUAAUAAGCGACAGAAUAUCCCCAAUAGACUACAACGGAGAACCAUAUAUUUGGGAAGACAGAGCGUUGGAAGUUCUUAUUGAACUUUUUGCCGUUGCUACGCACGAAACUAUCACAUAUUUUAUCAAUAAAAAUAUUUUGGGAACUUUAAUGAAAAUAUUAACAGAUAGUAUAGACUUAAAGAGUAAUAGGUUCAUUGGUGGUAAACGGCUAAUGUAUGCAGGUUCAUUACUUUUAGAAAUAAUACAGGCAAGGGGAACUAUACACGUAUCACCAAUUUUUUUGGAGAGCUUUUUGAAUAUGAAUGGAUAUGAAACAUUUUAUAAUUUACUUAUAUUACCUCCGUUUGACGGACAAUAUUCAGAAACAAAGGAUGCAAUUAUAGAAAUGAUCGAGGACUUGGCAUUUGCAGGAGCAGAUGAAAUUAAACCAGUUAUAUCAAAUAGAACGCCAUAUCAACACAAUGAUUUUCAUUUACCUAAUGAAAAUGAAAUAAAAGAUGAUGAAACACUUUUUCGUAAUGAAAGAGCAUUUCAGGUCCUAGCAUCUACAUUACUGCAUCAUGAUGCGAAAAAUGUCGCACCUUUUUUGUCGGAUUUUGUCAGUACAAAUACUAUAAAGACAGUUAUCCCGGAUAUUUUUCAACAAAAAAUUGUUGCAGCUAUCGCAGAAAUUUAUAAAUCAAACACAUUGAACUAUUUUUUGACAGAGCAUCUAAAUGUUCUUCCAUCUUUAAUUCAGGAAUUAGAUAGAUUUAGUGCUAAAGUCCAGCGGUCAAUAUUGGAUUUGCUAGUCUUUGUUAUGGUGGAUUUAAAUUAUGUGCCGUUUAGAGAACUAGUUGUGUUGUCCUUACAUUUUCAAGGUCAAUCCUUAAAACGUACAACUGCUAUAGUGUGUGAAACCGUUAUAUCUCUUUUACAAACAUCUUCCAAAUUCAAAGAAGUUUUUCGUGAAAUUGGAUUGCUUGAUAUGCUAUGUAGUUUGCUUCAAGAAUUGGCAACUACAUUACAAGAUAGAUUUGGUAACGCACAUUAUAUCAGAAGAAUAUCAAUAUCACUAUUUGACGAUUCAUUGAAUCCUAAUAACAAGGCGUCCAAAGCAAAAAGCCGGUUUGGUCCUGAGGAAACAGGACAAACAUUUCAUUAUUUGGGGAUACGUGAGUAUUUUUUUAAGGGAUAUGUAAUUCAUCGUCAAUAUAAAGGCAAUUUAUUCGAUUUAUUACAUUAUGAUGAAACUCGAGAUGGUGCACUGACUAUCUUCGAAACAUUGGUUGUAGAAGGAUAUGUUCUGUCUAAUAUAGAACCACCUACUCCUAUUUCAACAAGCUCAAGAAAUUCAGCUUCUUCUACUGUCGAGCACUCAUUUCAAUUUGGAAGGUUGAUUGAAAUUGUCCAAUCUCUUUCCAGAUUCGAUCUUAAAAUGAAAAGACAUAUACUUUUAUCAAUGAAACGUAUAUUAGUUUCUUGUCCCGAAAUGAAGGAUGUUUUUCGAGAGUCUGGGGGAUUUGUGUGCCUUGUAAGCUUAUUAGUAGGUUUAGAGGAUGUAUAUAAACAAUUAAUACAAAGUUUUGAAGCAAAUGAAGCUAAAUUCGAUGCAACAAAUGCUAGUUCAUUGAAUGAUUGUUCAAAUUACAAUGCAGAAGAACUGCUAAUAAAAACUCAGGCGACCGAUACAUUAAAAGCUAUAUUCAUUGUAUUUGCCGAAGCAAUGUCUAAUCACGAUUCUAAUCGGCGAUUUUUUAGCAAAUCUAUUGGUUUUAAAUCUGUAGAGGACGCCAUCUUCCUUACUGACAUGUUUAAGUUAAAAGGAGCUCCUGAACAUCUUUUUGGAAUACUUUUCGGGUUCGCAAUUGAAAAUGAAUCGGUAGCUGAUAUAUUUAUAGAACAAUAUUUGAAUGGAAAUAAUGAGAUUACAAAUGAUAAUAAUCAAUUCAAAUUAGAAGAAAAAAUUGGUAAUUUCACUGAUGAAAUUCACAAUCCAGAUGUCAUUCCUACAAUCAUGAAAUUGCAGCUUUGUGUUAAUCACAAUUCAAGGUUAUUUUUGAAAAUUUAUGAGGCUUUAGUUGCUCUUGCUUUUGCGAAUAGAAGAAACCAAGUUAUGUUAAAUAAAUCUGGCGUACUUGAAAUAGUUUUACAUCGAUUAUUUCCUACAUCGAUUCAAAAUAAUGAAGCGGAAACAAUUAAUACUAAUAAUCGCACUCGAGAAAAGCGAUUCUUAACCAAAUUAGCGCAAAGGCUGAUUGAAAUGGGAGUUACUACAAAGGAUAUCCGUUUUCUAUUCGAACAAUUUGAAAAUGGGAGCCAACGUCCUAAAGAAAAUGCCACUGAUGCCGAUGGGGCUUUUCUGACCGCUAUGGACAUGGUUUUGUUUGGCGUUCAAAGAAGUCGAUGGCCUCGGUUUGUCCAAUUUGACAUGUGCCAGUUUGGUUAUUCUUGUUUAGAGAUGAGCAGUUUAAGUGAUCGUCCAUUUCCACCUGCAACUGGGGGAUACACAUUUAUGAGUUGGCUUGAUAUUGAAAAUUUUGACUCUGAAACGAAUUUGACUCUUUUAGGGUUAAGUGAUGAUGAAAAGAAAUGCUAUUUGCAGAUUUAUUUCGAAGCUCAAACUCAUAAACUUGUUGUUCAAACAUCGCCAAAACAAACGACUCGAUUUGAUAAUUUUGAAUUUCGAACUGGUUAUUGGUAUCAUAUUGCGCUCGUACAUCGCCGACCACGUAUAGGGCAGUCAUCAUUGAUAACGCUUUACGUAGAUGGAAAAUCCGUAGAUGAGCAAAAGUGUUCUUAUUUAGGACAACCAGUGACUAAUCGAUCAAUUAGAACAUUUAUUGGAACGCCGAAAGACAUCGCCAAAAAAUUGGGCAAGGGUCAAACUAAACUUGCAUGGGAUCUAGGUCCUUGCUAUUUUUUUGAAGACGAUCUGGAUGGGGAUAUUAUUAGUGUUUAUUGUCACCUUGGGCCUAGGUAUUCCUCUAAUUUUCAAGACUCUUUAGGUCAAUUUCAGACAUAUCAAACAUCCACACUACUUAAUAUGAGGCUUGAGACCUUGAGUCGCCAACGUGGAGAUUCUAACAUUGAACUGGAUAAUUUACCUAUAGUUAAUGCAAUUCGUGGUAAUAAUAGUCAGACCUUGCCUGAAGAUAAAAUAAUUUUUGCAUUCAAUGCAAGUAAUGUUCUUGUUUGCGGUCAAAAUGCAAAUAUAUUGGGUGCUGGUCUUUCUGAAGGCACAUCACAAGCAUUGCUUGGUAAUAUUAAUACAAAAGUAAUAUUAAACGCUGCUGUUCCAAAGGUUGAACGUGCCCUAAGAGUACCACAUGGAUUAGCUUACUUACAUGGUGAUCCAGUAACAGCCGUUCCAUAUGGGAUGGAUGAUUCUAUUUGGAAGAUCGGUGGCUCUGCUGUAGUCUUGAGGCUAAUUGAAAGGGCAGAA